GCUGCACCAGACUGUGUCUGUAUGUUACAGAGGGGGAGGAAAACGUCAGACUGUCUGUAACCAAACACAAAGCCAAAAGAGGUUUACUGGUCACCCUCUGAUGCAGCUGCGCUUCCUGUGCGAGUCUUCAGAAAAGCUGCGGGGAGAGUGAACCACCAUGAUUCGGCUGUGAUGAUGGAUCCCUUCAGAGUACAAAGGAACAGAAGUCAGACUUGUCCCUGCUGCGACAAGGAAACCGAGCACGAGUACGACGUGGUAGCUGACCACCAGCAGCUCAUCAAUGUGCACAUACUUCCUGCACGGCCCAUAAAUGACGACCAGGAGUAUGCAGACAGGGAUUGUCCGAGGUUAUCGUCUCCUGAGGGCCUUUCAGCAGAUUCCCCUGGUAGCGUCUUUCGAAGAUGUCCACUUCGACAGACCCCACCUGUUACAGGACCUGCCAUAAACCGAAACCUGAAGCCAAACAGAAAAACCAAAAAGCAAGUUAGGAAUCCUCCACCUUUGACUCCAGAAGACCAGCCCCCACACAGGUCUGCUCCAUCGCCUCCACGUUUUACCUUGGAGUUGGCCCACAACUUGUCUGAAGUGGUUCAACAAAGGUCCCAUAGUGGAGAUGUUCACUUGAGGAAAAGGGAAAUUGCUGACAGUGGGUCACAUAUCAAAGGUCAACAGACGACUUUAAAUGAUUCAAACGUUGUAACCAAUCAUAGACACUCCUUGGACUUGGAGACUCAAGACUUCUUCAAAAGGUCUGAACAUUUUGAAAGGGUGCCAUCAAGACGGCAGCACCAUGAGUGGCCUCAAACUAAAGAAGAUAUUGACCAGCGCGAUUUCCAUCCGACGGAAAAGCCUCAGACCUACUGCGAGGGAGACUGGUAUGUUGAGGCUUGCAGCCGUACAGAUGCUGAACACGCUUUACAUCUGGUGAACAAGGAUGGGGCUUUUCUGGUCCGAGACUGCUCCCUCACCACCACAAGUGAGCCCUUGGUUCUGGUCGUGUAUCACGAGAAGAAAGUUUUUAACGUCAAAAUUCGGUUCAGCAAAAGCACAGGAAAGUACGCACUUGGAACGGGACAGCGAUCAAGCGAUGAGUUUGACUCCGUGGCAGAAAUCAUCAAAUUCCACUCCAUAUUCCCAAUAGUGCUCAUCAGGGGAAGACCUGAGGACGGGGCCCUCCGGAGCAGAUACCCGGAAAACUGCGUGCUGACAUAUCCCAUAACAAAAGCAGAUGUUGGCCGGCUCCUGCAGUAGCACAGCAGCAGUAACUGAAGGAAUACUGUCUGAGUUUUCAUUUCUUAGAAAAUAAAUAUGCAGUAUCUUUUUAAACAUGUUUUUUUUUAAAGCCUAGAAGUGAAUUUCACUUCAACCUGUUAUUUUAAUAAUUUGUUUUUUCCUUUAUUAUUAGUUCAUAAAGUGUCAGAAAAUAGCUCAUGAUUUUACAAAUGUCCAGGAUUAACAUGUUUUAUUAUGUUUGUAUAGGACAAUUGUAUAUUUCAUUUACUAGUCAAUGCUUAGGCUAAAAAAAUAAAUCAUUUUGAAAGGAUAACAGUUAUGCAUAAUAUGAUAAAGAGGCUUGUUU